GUUUCAUUGUAAAUUUUCAAAAUCUAAUUUUUCAAUUUUUUUACUAAUACAGAAUAAUACAUAUUAGAGGUCAAAGUUGUGUCUCAACAAAUGUGAAGUAUUGACCAUUACAUUUAUUUAACAAUAGAGAAAAUAUAUCACACAGAAAUACAAUAAUCUCUCCGUCCCACUAACAAUGAGACAAGAGGGAGUAACACACAUAGUCCAGGUGUCGGUGUUUGCGCUCCCAUAAUCUUGUAGUCUAUUGACUACUAUUCAAAACCUCUAGACAGUCAAAUCCAACGUCUCUACCUGUGCAACUCCGGGAAGGUAGGAAGACUCAGCUCCGCUAGUAUACCGUAAUCUCCCAUCGGAAGUGAUCUCGAAGGGUUGGUUUCGAGUAGAUUUAAAGAGACGAAAUAAUGAAGACAUCGGUGCCAUUAAAAACAGAGCAGUAUAUAUGUUGUGUCCCCAAUAUGGCAUCUUAAAGAUGGCAUCGAUCACCGACGAAAUAGCUUUGGCCGUACCGCAAUUUUUCACUCUCUACAAAGAUGGCCGUAUCGACAGGCACAGGCAACCGGGGUACGCCACGGCGUGCGACAAUCCGGACGCCGCCGUCCGGUCCAGGGACAUCGUCAUCAACCCGGAAACCGGCACCUCCGUCCGUCUCUACCUCCCGAAAGUCGCCGAUGCCGAGCAAAAGCUCCCGCUUGCAAUUUACAUCCACGGCGGGGCAUUCGUGAUGGGAUCCACCGGGUGGGUCACUUAUCAUAACUUCAUCACCUCAGUGGUCGAACAGGGGAAGGUGAUUGCGGCGUCGGUGGAGUACAGAUUGGCGCCGGAGCACCCCCUCCAGGCCGCCUACGACGAUUCAUGGGAAGCCUUUCAGUGGACCAUGUCUCACCGCCACGGAAAAGGCCCAGAUCCGUGGCUGACCGACCACGCCGAUUUCGGGAGAGUUUUCCUGGGCGGAGAGAGCGCCGGAGCAAACAUAGCCCACGACGUCGCCCUGAGGGCAGGAUCCAGCGGAGAUUACAGGGAUUGGAAGAUUUCAGGGCUGUUUCUUAUUCACCCAUUUUUCGGAGGAAAGGAGGAGGACCAGCUGUAUAAGUUGCUGUGCCCGGAAAGCAGCGGCGUCGACGACGAUCCGCGGCUGAAUCCGGCGGUGGAUCCGAGGCUGGCGCAGAUGGCGUGCAAGAAGGUGCUGUUUCACGUGGCGGAGAACGACUUUCUGCUGGCGAGGGCGAAGGCGUAUUACGAGGCGUUGAAGAACGGCGGCGUUUGGAAGGGAGACGUGGAGAUUCUGGAGAUUGAAGGGGAAGGACACGGUUUUCACUUGCUCAAUCCUGCCAAUCCUAAGGCUGGCAUUGUUGCCAAAGAUCUGGUUACUUUUUUAACCCAAGUAUAGAAUUGUGCAAUAAUAAUAAUUUGGACGGAUAAUAAUAAUAAUAACAAUAAUAAUAAUUGUUGCCAAAGAUCGUGAUUUAACUCUCCCACGUGUCCUGUCGUGUCGGAAUGUGUGGGUUCCGGGGUGGAAGAUUCCACCUUUUGGAAUAAGUGCAAUAAUAAUAAUAAUAAUAAUAGAAAUGGUAU